AUGUCUGACGACAAGGGCGAAACCUUUGCAUUCCAAGCUGAGAUUGCUCAGCUUAUGAGCUUGAUUAUUAACACUUUCUACAGCAACAAGGAAAUCUUUUUGAGAGAACUAAUCUCGAACUCCUCCGAUGCGUUGGAUAAAAUUCGAUAUAAGUUUUCAGAGAUGUCUGACGACAAGGGCGAAACCUUUGCAUUCCAAGCUGAGAUUGCUCAGCUUAUGAGCUUGAUUAUUAACACUUUCUACAGCAACAAGGAAAUCUUUUUGAGAGAACUAAUCUCGAACUCCUCCGAUGCGUUGGAUAAAAUUCGAUAUCAGGCUCUUACCGAACCAGGAGAGCUGGAUACUGGAAAGGAACUUUACAUCAAAAUUAUUCCAAAUAAGGAAGACAAAACCCUCACUAUUAUUGAUACUGGUAUCGGAAUGACGAAGGCGGACCUCGUCAACAACUUGGGAACAAUCGCCAAAUCAGGGACGAAGGCUUUCAUGGAGGCACUGCAGGCUGGUGCUGAUAUCUCCAUGAUCGGACAAUUUGGUGUCGGUUUCUACUCAGCAUUCCUUGUCGCGGACCGUGUUGUGGUCACGUCAAAACAUAACGAUGAUGACUGCUACCAAUGGGAAUCCAGCGCUGGUGGCUCAUUCGUAGUUAGGGCUGUUAAUGACCCAGAAGUAACUCGUGGUACUAAGAUCACCAUGCACAUCAAGGAGGACCAGACCGAGGUGUUGGAGGAACGCCGUAUCAAGGAGAUUGUAAAGAAGCAUUCCCAGUUCAUUGGCUAUCCAAUCAAACUUGUCGUAGAAAAGGAGCGUGAGAAGGAAGUUGAGGAUGAUGAAGCAGAAGAGACGAAGGAAGAGGCCAAGGAAGGCGAGGUUGAGAAUGUUGGCGAGGACGAGGAUGCUGACAAGAAGAAAAAGAAGACUAAGAAGAUCAAGGAAAAGUAUCAUGAAGACGAAGAGCUGAACAAGACUAAGCCAAUUUGGACUCGCAAUCCCGAUGACAUUUCUAACGAAGAGUAUGCGGAGUUCUACAAGAGUCUGUCCAAUGAUUGGGAAGAUCACCUUGCAGUGAAGCAUUUCUCGGUUGAGGGCCAGCUGGAGUUCCGUGCUCUUCUCUUUGUUCCUCAGCGUGCUCCGUUUGAUCUCUUCGAGAAUAAGAAGAACAAGAACUCGAUCAAGCUGUAUGUUUUAUUUCUUUUGCUUUGCGUCUAUACUGUUUUUGGUUUCAAACCCAAUGUGUUGUUUAGGUACGUGCGACGAGUAUUCAUCAUGGAGAACUGUGAGGAACUGAUGCCCGAAUAUCUUAACUUCAUCAAGGGUGUUGUAGACUCUGAAGAUCUCCCGCUCAACAUUUCUAGAGAAAUGCUCCAGCAAAGCAAGAUCUUGAAGGUCAUCCGCAAGAACCUCGUGAAGAAAUGUCUCGAACUCUUCGAAGAAAUUGCCGAGGACAAAGACAACUUUAAGAAGUUCUACGAACAAUUUGGAAAGAACAUCAAGCUCGGUAUCCAUGAAGAUUCGACCAACCGCAAGAAGAUGGCUGAUUUCCUACGCUACUACUCGUCAUCAUCUGCUGAUGAGCCUACUUCGCUGAAAGAUUACGUCUCGCGCAUGAAGGACAAUCAGACUCAGAUCUAUUACAUCACUGGAGAGUCCAAGGAUGCUGUCGCCAACUCCGCAUUCGUGGAGCGUGUUCGCAAUCGUGGAUUCGAAGUUCUGUACAUGGUUGACCCAAUUGAUGAGUACUGCGUGCAGCAACUGAAGGAGUACGAAGGAAAGAAGUUGGUGUCGGUAACGAAGGAGGGACUCGAACUUCCUGAGUCUGAGGAUGAGAAGAAGAAGUUCGAGGAGGAUAAGGUCAUCAAGGACAUUCUCGAGAAGAAGGUUGAGAAGGUUGCCGUUUCAAACCGACUCGUCCAUUCUCCAUGCUGCAUUGUCACUUCUGAGUAUGGAUGGUCGGCGAACAUGGAACGUAUCAUGAAGGCGCAAGCGCUUCGAGACUCAUCAACCAUGGGUUACAUGGCAGCUAAGAAACAUCUCGAGAUCAACCCUGACCAUGCUAUUAUGAAGACUUUACGCGAGAGGGUCGAGGUUGACAAGAAUGAUAAGACUGUGAAAGAUCUUGUUAUCCUGCUCUUCGAGACUGCUCUGCUGUCGUCCGGAUUCACAUUGGAAGAACCGCAGUCCCAUGCGUCACGAAUUUAUAGAAUGAUCAAGCUUGGUCUCGAUAUUGGAGAUGAUGAGGACGAGGAAAUCCCUGCCGCUUCUUGUGCGGCCGAGGUCCCUAAAGUCGCCGGUGCUGAGGAGGAUGCUUCCCGAAUGGAGGAGGUCGACUAG